AUGUCCAGCAAAUCUCGGUGGGCCGACACCGAAGAAGACGCUCGUAUCGACGCCAAACUCAAGGAAGAAAAGCGACGCAAGAAGGCAGACAAGGCCCGAAAACUCGAAGAAGAGAAGAAAGCACAAGAAGCUGCACAGCAAACGGCGCUCGAAGUCGACGAUGACCGGCCCUCGAAGCGACGUAGGAUCACCCCCGAACCAGGCGCAAACCAACAAGACAAGGCACCUCCAGCGAAGCUCUUGCGGUUUCCAGCUGGCACCUGGGGGAAGUGCAAAAGUGUUGAGAACUAUGAGAAGUUAAACGAUAUCGAGGAGGGAACUUAUGGCUGGGUUGCGCGGGCGACAAACAAAGCUACAGGAAAGGUUGUCGCGCUCAAGAGGUUGAAGCUGGAACCUCAAGAUCGAAACGGUCUCCCCGUUACAGGCCUACGCGAAAUACAAAUUUUGAAGGAUUGCCAACACCGGAAUAUUGUUACCAUGGAAGAGGUUGUUGUAGGGGACGACAUAUCACGGCCAGACAACUCCUUGUUCCUCGUCCUCGAAUUCGUCGAACACGAUCUGAAAUCCAUCCUCGAAGAUAUGCCCGAACCAUUUCUCUCUUCCGAAGUAAAGCGUCUCCUAUUACAGCUUACAUCAGGCAUUGCGUACCUCCACGACAACUGGAUUCUCCAUCGCGACCUCAAGACCUCCAAUCUCCUCCUUAACAAUCGUGGUCAGUUGAAAAUUGCCGACUUUGGCAUGGCCCGCUAUGUCGGCGAUCCCCCACCCAAACUCACACAACUCGUCGUCACUCUUUGGUACCGAGCUCCGGAGCUACUACUUGGCGCAAAGACAUACGAUGCGGCGGUAGACAUGUGGAGUGUGGGCUGCAUCUUCGGCGAGCUGAUAACCCGGGAACCUCUUCUUCAGGGUAAGAAUGAAGUUGAUCAAGUCUCGCGCACCUUUGAGCUCUGUGGUGUUCCCACAGAAGAGACCUGGCCUGGUUUCCGUCGUCUCCCCAAUGCACGCUCAUUGCGACUCCCUAAGACACAAGUUGCUACCGGAUCUGUCAUUCGCGCUCGCUUUCCUAGUCUCACUACCGCAGGCGCCAGUUUGCUGGGUGAUCUACUAUCACUUGACCCCGAAAGAAGACCGUCGGCGAAAGAGAUGCUUCAGCAUGAGUACUUCCGACAGGACCCAAAGCCUAAACCCGAGAGCAUGUUCCCGACGUUCCCUAGCAAGGCGAAUCAAGAGCGGCGAAGACGUGCAGAGCCUCAUGCGCCCGUGCGCGGUGGACAGGCUGCGUCGCUGGGCGAUGCUGAUUUCAGUGGUAUUUUUCAGGGGCGGGAUAAGGAAGAGAGGGGAGCAGGAUUUCAGUUGCGUAUGGUUUAA